UAGUGACGUAACAAGAUUUCAAUUAAUCAUUUCGGGCGUGGAACGGAUUUUUAAUGCUCAGCACUGUUUGCGCUUUACUUAGAAAAGCACGGGAGAUUCUCCGUAUUAACGCUAUUAGUGUUUAAGAUCGCGUUAAUGGCAUGCAAAAGAAAUUGUACUUUGUACACUCCACUGGGUGAAGUCGACCAACAACCAACAGGAAUUCCAGUUAGCAGCACAAACGACUUGAUAAAGCACCUGAUCGCAAGUCAGAAUGCUUUAGCAGGACAGUUCACUUCUAAGCUGGAUGCAAUUUGCGCUUUUCAACAAGAGACACUGCAGCGUCUCGAGGCGCUUGAAAGAAAAGUGGCGCUGAUUCAGAGGACAGAGGAAGAGUCCACAUCCACAAACAGCCAAAAAAGACGCAAGAGGGCCCAUAAUGUGUCGAUCGCUGAAGCAGUGCGAAGACUUCACAAUUCAGAAAACAAUCCUUACAAAUAUGAUCCACAAACUGGGGUAAAUUCUCCUCACAAUCAAGCUGUGACUACACACCUUCUGCAGGAUUUGUGCAGGGGUCAUUUUGCAAAUGCUGACCCAGAAAUUAUAAAAGCAUCUUGCAAGACAUAUUACGAGACGCAGAGAAGGAAAUUUUCAUUGGCCCAGCCUGAUAAAUCAGAGCUGCGGAACUCCAUUAAAGCCAUGGCAAAAAGCAAGCAAAGAAAAAGAAGAUUGCUGGAGUCCAGGUCUAAGGUUCUGCAGACAGACCUGGAAAGAAAACUGUGGGAAACAGCAACCGCAGACAUGAUGUCUGAUGAAGAGGAUGGUGUUGUGGAUGGGAGGCCAGUGUGGGUUGUUAAGCCACCAGCGGAGAGAAACCCAGAACUGUCAGCUCUGUGCCAGGAGCUACAGAAAAGACUUGAAGCAGAUCUACGCUACGCUGACACCCAUCACCUCCGUGUUAUGUCAGUUAAGAAAGAGGAGCGUUCGUUUACUGAACUGUAAUUUCAUGGGAUGUUUUAGAUUUUUUUUAUACUUCUUAUAUUCUGGAUAUUUACAUUUCAAAUUUCAUUCUUUUAAUAAAAGAUAAAUUUAUUCCCAA